AUGAUACGAGGAAAUUGGAGUUUAGCAGAUGAAUUCAAAAAAAAUGAAAAGAAACAAAUAUCAAAAAUUCAACAACGUCAACGAGAUAAUCAUAAACUUGAAAAAUUGAAAACCAUAGAUCCAAUUCAUUUAUAUUAUAAAAUUGAACGACUUAAACAAACCUCCAAUAAAUCAGAAAAAGAUAUUUCAUAUUUAAAUAAAUUAAAUGAAGAUUGGGAUUUUAUAAUAAAUCAUAAUUUACAUUCUUCCAAAUUAAAACCAUUUUUAGAAAAUCAACAAAGAAAACAACAACAAAAACUAAAACAACAACGUAAAUUAUGGGGACAAAAAUCCAUUUAUUUUAAUCCUGAAUUGAAUCCAUUAGGUAAAGUUCCACAAGUAGGAAACCUCCCAUAUAAUUUGAAACAUCCUAUUGAAAAUUUGACAAUACCAUUAAAAGGUAAACGAAUAAACUAUUCACCAGAUCCAAUUAUUAAAGAAUCACAAAUAAAAUGUCCUCCUGGUAAUCCACCACGGUUUUAUAAAUUGAUUCAAAAUACAUCAAAGAAAAAUAAUCCCAAUCUGGAAUCAAAUAACAAUGAAAUACCCCUUGAAUCAAACAAUAUUGAUAUUGGUAAUAGUUCAGAAGAAAAUGAUUCACCCCAUGAAGACGACGAUGAAGAGGAAGACGGACCAAAUUUAAAAAGACAUAAAUAUAGUUGA